AGUGGUUUAAAAAAACAUCUACCUAAAUAUGCCCAAAACCUUUUGCAAAUUUGAAACGAAUUUAAUUAGCUGCCAAUUUCCUGACUGUCACACUUGCACAAAGUAGCAAUCCAAGUACAAACAGACUAAUUAAUAAACUAGGUGUAUACCGAGCGGUGGAAAAAGCCGGUUUUCCAAAGAGUUACAGAUCAUUAGCGAGCCAUCAAUCUUUAAAUACCUAGAUGACUAAAUAAGGAUUCAUUCAACGCUGUUGAAACGUGGAGUUUCAACAUUGAUACAAAGUAUACGACAGCGAUCGACUAUAUACAAAAAAAUCUCAUUCUGAAGCUGAAGAUGAAUGAUGACAUAAAUUGGCUGUGGCAUGGAAAACGUAUUCAAAUUCAACUCCUUUUCGAGCUGCAGUAAACCAUACUUUGUCCUGCACAGUUUGGUGAUUGAAAUUGGUCAAAUUUCCGAAACUAGGACAGUUUCAGUUGCAACUUGUUUUUCAGUGCUCCAAUCAUGCGGUUCGGACACUUGUCGACCUCAGCUGCACGAAACGUGUAGAUCGACUCCAUGCCCCCCAUCAAGACCCGUCCAGUCGAUUACUCCGCCAGAACUGCGAAGACCUGGAUCGUCUUUUGAUCAUCACAUUCCUAAAAUCGAGCCAGAUACAACACCAUCCACGCCUCCGACUCCACCAUCCAGUUGUGCCGAGGAAAUUGGAGGAUUUGCAAUUUGUGCGGGUUGUGGUAAUAAAAUAAGGGACCGAUACUACCUUCAAGCUGUGGAAAGGCGAUGGCAUGCCAAAUGCUUGAGGUGUUGUCAGUGUCGAAAUACUUUGGAUGGUGAUGUUACGUGUUUUUCCCGCGAUGGAAACAUCUACUGCAAGAAGGAUUACAAUAUGAAAUUUCAAAAUGAAGCUGCAAAUCGGCAGAUUUGGAGAAAACGCUGAUAAUAUAACAAAAAUUCUUGCCGACUGAAACAAAGCAGGUGGAGAUCUAAUUUUUUGCCCCCAAUUUCCAAACACCCCAAUGUGAAAAUUA